UUCAUCUGAAGUUAUGGUCCUCAUUUCUCCAUCACUACAAAAGUACUAAAAUUUGCAUCAAUAAUGCAACAACAUGAAAACAAAACCUCUCCAAUGAUUGUAAUAACGAAAUGUAGUAGGUAUAUAAUAUCUUGGCACGGGUAUGCGCUUGAGUCAUCUUUAUGAUUAUAAAACUCCAGUAACCUCAAUCAAUUGUAUGACAAAUCACUUUCCAGUGUCCAAAAUCUGUGAUUGUGAUCCUCUAAGAAGAACGUAUACCAGUACGUACCUACCAAAUAAUUCAGCAAUGGUAGAAGUCCAUCCAGCUAUCAUCCAAGAUGUUGAACACAGGCCAAAACUCACCAAAAUUAAAGGAGAGGGCAUUCCAGUGAUUGAUCUCUCAACACUGAAUUCUGCAGAUACAUCCACUGAUGCGGAGUUAGCAAGUCUAGUUGCUGAAAUAAGAAAUGCAUGCAAGAAGUGGGGAUUCUUCCAAGUGAUCAAUCAUGGGGUGUCCUUAGAGUGCAGGGAAAAGAUGGAGUUGGCAUCAAGAAAGUUCUUUGCUUUACCUAAAGAGGAAAAGAUAAAAGUGAAGAGAAAUGAGCUGAACUUCAUGGGAUAUUAUGAUACUGAGCUCACCAAAAAGAUUAGGGACUGGAAAGAAGUCUUUGAUUUUACUGUGGAGAAAACAACUACGGUCCCACUUUCUCAAGAUCCUAAUGACAAAGAGGUUAGGGAGUUUCACAAUCAAUGGCCUGAGUACCCUCCAGAAUUAAGGGAGGUGUGUGAAGAGUAUAUUCAAGAAGUGCACAAGUUGGCCUACAAGUUAGCAGAGCUGAUCUCCCUCAGCUUAGGCUUGCCAGCAAAAAGGCUGAAUGGGUUCUUUGAAGACCAAGUUAUUUUUGCAAGGCUGAAUCAUUAUCCUCCUUGUCCUAUCCCUCAUCUGGCUUUAGGAGUUGGUGGACACAAAGAUGCAGGUUUAUUCACCAUUUUGGUUCAAGAUGAUACCGGAGGGCUUGAAAUAAAGAGGAAAACUGAUGGAGAAUGGAUAGGAGUUAAACCUACUCCCAAUGCUUACAUUGUAAAUCUUGGUGAUGCUACACAGGUCUAUAGCAAUGGUGAAUAUGAGAGUGUGGAACAUCGGGUGGUGCUGAACACUGAAAGGGCUAGAUUUUCAAUUCCAUUCUUCGUCAAUCCAUCACACUGUACUUGGAUAGAACCUUUGGAGGAGAUGGUCAAUGAGAAGAACCCUGCAAAAUAUAAGGCCUAUAACUGGGGAAUGCUUUUCACUCAUCGCAGAAGAAGCGAUCCCAAGACACGUGAUGAGGAAAACCUUCAACUUGAUCAUUUCAAGGUUUGAAACAAAUCUAUUUUAUGUUAUGUCUUCUUCAAGUAAAGGUGUCAUGUGAUAUAAAUAAAAAGAUCUUUUUUUAGUGUCUAUGAUUGGGAUAACUAAUAAAUUUCUGUCUAGUUGUAAUGAAAACACUGAAUCUCCUAUGUGUGUAAUCCCAGCAAAAAGUGAUACUAGAAUAAAUGUGUCACUUCUGCAGUAAAGUCAAUGUAAUUGUUUUCUCCUCA